UGUUACAGUAAUCGUUAAACGCUAUAGACAGAGAGAAUUAAAUCCCGGUCUCUAUAUCUCAUCUUUUUGUUCAGUGUUGAUGGAGUUCAGACAGUUAAACAAAGCAAAGACAGAGGCGUUUGGACAGCAGCGGAGUGCUCCAAUUCAUUAUGCUCGAAAAGGGAAGACGUUACUUUCUAAACAAAGACUGAGAUAUGAUUGACAAUGGAUAAUUUCUACAACAGAUUCUAUUAUUGUGAGACAAAAGUUAUUUAAUUGGGAACUUGAAGAUUAAGCAUCUCGUCUCAGCCGGGAAAUUAUAAGGAAGCUGUUGCCGGUUCUUGGGAGCUAAUAAAAGGAGUGUCUGCUUGAUGAGAUAGGAUAAAAUUGUUGCACACGAGAGCUCUGUAAGCGUUACUUAAGUUCAAAGCUAAUGAAAUCAUUUCGACUCAGGGAGACAGAAGUUCCUCUCCGUAACUUAUUCUGAGGUAACACGCCAAGGCGAUUCAACUUUAGCCUGGAUUUUUUUUGUCUUCACCGGAUUAAGAAGUUCAUAAUCAUGGAUCUGCUGGAGUGUCCAAUAUGCCUGUUUCUAAUGUGCGAGCCAGUGACGAUGUGUUGCGGUCACUCAUUCUGUCGGAGAUGUAUGGGGGCUUUCUUGCCGUCAAGAUGCCCGGCCUGCAAAGAAAGGUUAAAACUGAGAGAUGCUAAAAACAUAAAAAACAACGUGCUACUUUUUAGCAUCAUUGAGAAGUGCUGUCCAGAGGAAACCAAAAUGAAGUGUCACAUACAGGAGAAACUGAAAACGUGUGAAUUCACGGAAGCAUUGCGGAUUGCUGAUGAGGGCAUAGAAUUAGCUCCUGAUGAUGUUAGUUUGAAGGUGUGGAGAGCGGAGGCUAGCAUGGGACUCCGCCGCUUCUCUGAUGCCCUCCGGGACCUGGAUGACCUUUGCUGCGUAAGGCCCAACUGGACUGAGGGUUUCUUUCGUAAAGGGAACGUGCUGCUGGAAAUGGGGAGGCAGACUGAGGCUCUGAUUCAGUUCCAUCGUUGUCUGAAACAGCAAGCAGACUUUGCCCCUGCUAAGAACCAGAUUAAGAGAAUCUUGGAGGCAGAGGGCAUGGCCGUGCCAGAGGAGGUGCCCCGUAUCUUACACGUGGUGGCGGAGUACCUACGGGACCCUUGUGCCAUCACCAGCUCUGUGGGCCCCUCUAAUCCCGAUGCCCUCCGAUGCCCCCUGGACAAGACCACUGGAGACAGCGAGCAGACUGUGUCUAAAAUGAAACACGACGCCAGCACGGAGUGCUGCCUUAGCCUGUGCCAGGCUGUUUCCUUCCUCCCUACUGCAGAGGAAGACGAGGACACGAUGAUGAGGAAGGAGGACAGACAGGGCAAAGGAACGUGCAGUGCAGAUAGAGCAUUUUCCCUCAGCGUUCUCACUGUAUCAGACUUUGAAUGCCCAUUGUGUAUCAGGUUGUUCCACGAACCUGUCACCACACCCUGCGGCCACACCUUUUGUAAAAACUGCAUUGAAAGGAGCCUAGACCAUAACUUUCGCUGUCCGCUCUGCAAACAACCACUGCAGGAGUAUUUCAAGAACAGGAAGUACAACACCACCGUGCUGCUUCAGGAGAUCAUGUCCCGUCUCUUCCCCCAGCAGCUGGCAGAGCGGAAACAAGUGCAUGACGCAGAGAUGGCUGAACUUUCUAAUUUGACCAAGGACGUCCCUAUCUUUGUUUGUACCGUGGCGUACCCUGGCAUCCCUUGCCCCCUGCACAUUUUUGAGCCGCGUUACCGUUUAAUGAUGCGGCGCUGUAUGGAGACUGGCACCAAGAAGUUUGGCAUGUGCAGCUAUGAACCUGGCAAAGGGUUUGCUGAUUAUGGCUGCAUACUACAGAUCCUGGAUUUGGACCUGCUUCCUGAUGGACGAUCCUACGUGGACACGGUGGGAGGCAGUCGAUUCCGCGUGUUAAGGAGGGGCCAGAGGGAUGGUUACCACACGGCUGACAUAGAGUUCCUGGAAGAUCAUAAGGCUGAAGGGGCAGAGCUGGAGAUGUUGCAGCGUCUCCAUGAUAGCGUUUAUCAGCAGGCGAGGGAGUGGUACCACCGGCUUAACAGCCGCAUUCAGGAUCAGAUCAGCCGACAGUAUGGCCCCAUGCCUGAGAAAGAGGACGACAUCCAGGCGUCUGCCAACGGACCGGCGUGGUGCUGGUGGAUGCUGUCUGUUCUGCAGUUGGACCCGGCAUACCAAACCACUGUCCUAUCCCUGACCUCACUCAAGGAUCGUUUGGGUCACCUGCGUAUAGUACUAGAAUAUUUCUCCCAGAGCUAGAGUGUGUGGUACUCA